AUGACAUGGAUUAAUAAUGCUACGAACUCUCCAACUGCUUUAAUGAAGAAAGUCUCCUGUGGAUUAAUAAUUGUUGUUUCUUUAUAUGUCAUUGCACCCAGUCUAAGUGCACUUGUCUUUGGAGACCCUAAGCAGAGGAUUAAAAAAUAUACGACAGUCGGCUUAAUUAAUCGCGGAAAUGAUUGUUUCAUAACAUCAUCUCUUCAAGGUUUAGCUGGAAUGCCCAGAUUUGUGGAGUAUUUGAAGCAAAUCAAAUCGAUUCUCCAAGAAUUGAAAUCCAAUCCAUCCAGAAAAGCAAAGGUUGACAAUCUUAUAGUAGAUGACGUUGUAAGCUGCAUUAGGUUUAGAAACUCACCUGAUUCACUUGCACCCUUACAUGAAAGCCUUAUGGCUUUAAUUUUUGAUUUAGUAUCCGUAAGAGAAAGUAAAAAAUCGGUCUCUCCACAGAUGGUGAUAAAUACUUUGGAGGCUAUUUUCAAAUCAAAGAUGUCAUCCAGACAAAAUGAUGCGCAUGAAUGCACGCUACUUAUGCUGCAAACGUUACAAAAAGAACGCUCGAAUCUGGUUGGAUACACUCAAUAUAUGCCCGAAAUCAAUAUACCAAACUUUCCGUUUGAGGGCGAAACUUCCAAAUUUCUAGUAUGCCUUCAGUGCAAAGGAUUAUCAAAACCAUCAUAUCAACAAACUUUUAUUCGUGAACUAUCAGUACCCCAACAAACGUCAGAGAAAUUGCUUACAAUUCUAGCCAACGACGAAACGGAAAUUAUAGAGGACUACUCAUGUUCGAUUUGCCAAAUAAGAGCCAUCUUAAAUCACGAAAGGUAUAGAAAUUUUAAAGACUGUACCCCGGAAGAAUUGUUAAUGAUAGAGGCUUUAAAAAAUUAUGCCACUAAAGCUUCAAUUAACGAAGAUUUACCGCCCGAAUUAGAACAAUACAUUAAGCGCUACUCAAAGGACAAAUUGCAUAUAUCUAAAGUAAAAGGAAAGAUUAUAAAAAAAGAUGUAGCAGUACAAUUACCAGAUAUUCUGGUAGUGCAUUUAUCAAGAUCCACCUUUAAUGGUAUUACGUACUGUAGAAAUCCCUGUAACGUUGAAUUCGGAGAAAGAGUAAAACUUCCUGAGUAUACAUUAGCUGAGAAUAGAGCGAUAACAGAGAACCGGCAAGUCAAAUAUAACUUAAAAAGUGUUGUGAAACACACUGGUUCUCAUUCACGUGGACACUAUAUAUGCUACAGACGUAAGGCUGACAUUCGCUUUGAUAAAGGAGAGGAAUCGUCCCUCGAAGGCGCGUCAACUAUUGUUAAUAAUGAAGCUAAAACCAGGAACCACGAUCAAAAAAUUGGACACAAUGACGACAGAAGAAGCAGGCACAAAAAAGUCAAGAGUGUUUUACAGUAUCCUUAUUGGCAAAUAUCUGAUACUGCUAUAGAAGAAAGUACCACUUCAACAGUAUUAAAUGAACAGAAAUAUGUCUACAUGCUAUACUACGAACGUGUAAGAAAAUAG